UUCCUAUUUCCGGUGUAAACAAAACGCGCCAUGAACACGUGCUUGAUUUUGGUUAGCUGGAUCGUUGGGGAAAUAUUACAUGCCGCGAUGUGACUCAUGUGAAAUGCUGUUUGUGAUAUUUUGUUGUAUCUCAGUCACUGUAUAUAAUGUAAUUGCUGAUGAAAGUACGAGCUACUGCAACAAGUUUACCCAGGACUGUCACGAAAUGGAACUGCCAUCUGAAUCGGUCACAGCACUAGCGGUGGUUCCCUACACAGAGGGCCAGCUGCUACCUCACCAUCGACCCACACGGGACUUCCACCUGGGGGGACAGGACAUCCACAUCCAGCAGGACUGGGGGAGCCUCGGGGUGGCUGCAGUGGUCUGGGAUGCAGCCAUCGUCCUGUGUGAGUACCUGGAACUGCACCCAGAAGUUGUCAGACAGAAGCAGGUGGUGGAGCUUGGGGCAGGGACAGGCCUGGUCGGCAUUGUGGCCUCGUAUCUAGGUGGUCAUGUGACUGUGACAGAGAGGAGGGAAGCGAUGCCUAAUCUCAGCAAGACAGUGGACACCAACAGAGUGGACAGCUGCCCAGGCAGUAUCACAGUGAAGGAACUUGACUGGACAACCGACUUGUCAGCUCACCCACAGUAUGAUAUCAUCCUCGGGGCUGAUAUCAUCUACAUUGAGGACACGUUCCAGGCGUUGCUGACCACACUGAUCCACACAGCGAGAGAGGACACAUCUGUUCUCCUGUCAUGUCGCAUCAGAUACGACAGAGACCUAAACUUCCUCACCCUCCUGGAGGGCCACUUUCACGUGGAGCAAAUACAUUAUGAUAAAAGUCGGGAUAUUAAAAUAUUUUCUACCAAAAAAAUAAAGACAAAAACUUAGA